GCAGAAGUUGCACUUUGAGAAAGCUGCAAGUUUUUUAUCAAAAGUUGGUCCCAACUCUGCAAUCUGCUCAUCGCCUGCCUUCACAUAUAACACCGACAGAACCAGGAUAAACACAGCACUGAUCUCUUACUUGGACUCGCAAAAUAUUAAGGUCUUGUGCAGGUGCACAAGACAGUGUAGGUACACGAAUCCUAAUGAAAGCCAGCCAACCAUCAAAGACAACAUAGGUUCAGCUUGCGAUAUCCCAGACUGUCCGAUGGGUGAUUUGGUUAGUCACGUAAAGUCUCUAUUUAAAACUUGUCCUCAAUUCUUUUCUUUUCAAAUUAGCAUUGCUGCUAUCCUCUGCAAUCUAAGACGCUGCUCGCAAGACAAAGACGCCUGCAGCACAGCAAAACUGGAAAGAUUCGUAUCCGACAGCUUUAACAUAGGUAGAACGAGAUUCUACCAGCUUUGCAAUGUUGGUGAGAUAACCAGAAUAGCCCCGCAGUUAAAAGAUGUGAAUCCUUCCAAACAUAACACGUGUUUUUGGGAGGUCUUUUCAAAUUUGGGAGCUGUGAUAAAAAAACUCGACGAUCCUCAAGGUAAACAGUUUGUGAUGUUGUAUUGGAAGAUUCGGGUGCUUGCCGUGUGUAAACUGUUAAACUAUCCGCUAGAUAUCCUGGAGCAGUGGCUUCUGAAGACAAAGUCUGACUCCAAAGAACUGGAAAAGAUUUUCCAAGAGAAGAAGCUCUUUACUGACAGCCAAGUGGAAAGCUGGAAAGAGGAGAACAUUAUUUUGUAAAAACUCAUUUUAUUAAUUUUCAUAUUAUUAAAUAAUCAUUUGCAAAAAUGACAUUUUAUUAAACAGAACUAAUGGUCGUCAGCAUCACUUAAGCAAGGGUACAUGAACCUAGGGUUUAAGAACUUUCUUGCAGAAAUUUGCCUUUUCAAUUCUGCAAACUUUACACUUCUGUUAAGCCAAGCAAUCUGGUAUAAGCUCAUUUUUGUGGGACGUAACUAAUUAAUUAAGAUGUAUUUUUACCAAAAGAACCAAAAAGGUAACAGAAAAUUGAAUUGUUGAAAUAGAACUAUGUUAAAUAUAUGUUAGAUAUUAUGUUAAAUAUCAGCUGUUAUUAUGAAACAGUUCUUGCUAUAA